CCUUUCUCUCUUUCCAACCCAUAAUCACAAAUACCCAAUUCCUCUCCUCCAAUCCCACCCUCACAAAACCCAUCAUGUUCGCAGCACGCACCUUCAGCGCCGCCCAGCGCCGCGCCUUCUCGGCCUCGGCCAGAGAUCUCUCUAAGGUCACUGUCCUCGGUGCUGCCGGUGGCAUUGGACAGCCUCUCUCCCUCCUCCUCAAGCUUAACCCCCGCGUCACAGAGCUCGCUCUCUACGACAUCCGCGGAGGCCCAGGUGUCGCCGCUGAUAUCUCCCACAUCAACACCGGCUCCAACGUCACUGGCUACGAGCCCACCCCAUCCGGCCUCGCCGCCGCCCUUAAGGAUGCCGAGAUCGUCCUGAUCCCCGCCGGUGUUCCCCGCAAGCCAGGCAUGACCCGUGAUGACCUCUUCAACACCAACGCCUCCAUCGUCCGCGACCUGGCCAAGGCCGCCGCCCAGUCUGCCCCCAACGCCAACAUCCUCGUCAUCGCCAACCCCGUCAACAGCACUGUCCCCAUCGUUGCUGAGGUCUUCAAGAAGGCUGGCGUCUACAACCCCAAGCGCCUUUUCGGUGUCACCACCCUCGAUGUCGUCCGCGCUUCCCGCUUCGUCUCCGAGAUAAAGAAGACCGACCCCGCUGAUGAGGCCAUCACCGUCGUCGGUGGCCACUCCGGUGUCACCAUCGUCCCCCUCUUCUCCCAGAGCAAGCACGCCGACCUUGUCGGCAACGCUGCUCUCCUGAACCGCGUCCAGUUCGGUGGUGAUGAGGUCGUCAAGGCCAAGGAUGGUGCCGGAUCCGCCACCCUCUCCAUGGCCAUGGCUGGUGCUCGCUUCGCCGAGUCGCUGCUCAAGGCUGCGCAGGGCGAGAAGGGCGUUACUGAGCCAACCUUUGUUGACUCCCCGCUCUACAAGGACCAGGGUGUUGAUUUCUUCGCCUCCAAGGUCGAGCUCGGCCCAAGCGGUGUCGAGAAGAUCCACGAGGUUGGCAAGGUCACCGCUGAGGAGCAGAAGCUUUUGGAUGCUGCCCUCGCUGACCUGAAGAAGAACAUCGAGAAGGGUGUCCAGUUCGUUGCCACCAACCCAGGCAACUAAGCUUAUCAUCCCUCCCUCCUUCAAAACUGCCAUGCGCAUGUCUAGAAGAGACAUGCCUGCAUCAAAAUCGGGUCUGUAAAUAAAAGUGUUUCGAGACCGCGCGCAGUUGUAUAUUUCUUCCCCCUGUUUGUUGUUGUAGCGUGGUGGCUGCGAGCGCGGAGAUUUCGUGGGUAGACGGGUAUAUAAAUAUGUUGUCUAGGCAGGAAUCUAUGCGUCAGUAGAUAUCUUUGCGUGUUUUGACUGUCAACUUUGCGUCAGGUGCCCGCAUACCCCCGUUAAUUGUCUAGGAUGCACAAGCUUGCCACAUGGGCAUUGCAGGUGUGGGGUACCAUAACACGUCGGGAUGGGUUAUGGGUGCGGCUUACAGUGGCAGUAGGGUGGGGACGGCUGCUGGGGCAUUACGGGGGUAAGACAACGUGCCAGCUAGCUGGAUAACUGAUUUCUGGUUCACGGGUUUUAACCCAGAGAGCGAGAUGUGUGAGGCGGGGUAGCUGUUGGGGAAAGCUCGUGGGGAUGGCGUGCAGUAGUUCACCGCGGGAUCCUCAGAUCGGGGGAUCAACUGCGAGAUCGUCAGAACAUUUUCAACACAUCAACAACUAUUUUCAUAUUUACACCGCCUCCCCUCCUCUCGAUAUACAUCCCGUCAUUCCAUAAACCCCAUUGGCCAAAUAUUCAUCGCCGCCUUCCCUCCUCCACAGCCAAC